AACCCAUGUAAUAAUAAUGGUUAGAGACCCAAAAACAUCAAUGGCUUGGUUAAGAAAUCUCUCCAAAUAUUCUUCCACCAUUGCUAAAUUAUCAUCAUCACCAAAAACAAACACUGACCUAUUUUUCCUUUUACCAUCCUUCACAUUCCUCUCACACUUUAGCUCCAAUUCCAUUCAACAAAAGCCUUCAAAUUCCAAUACCAAGCAUGUUAUUGAGUAUUCAGGGUUAUUGGAAGCAACAAAGCCCCAUGAGAAGCCACGUGUCGUUGUUCUUGGUUCGGGUUGGGCUGGGUGUAGACUCAUGAAGGGUUUGGACACAACAACAUAUGACAUUGUUUGUGUCUCACCGCGUAACCACAUGGUUUUCACUCCUCUAUUGGCUUCAACAUGUGUUGGAACACUUGAAUUUAGAUCUGUGGCUGAACCCAUUGGAAGGAUCCAACCAGCUCUUUCUAGAGAACCCGGUUCUUAUUUCUUCCUUGCCAAUUGUACUGCCAUUGAUACACAUAACCAUAUGGUUCAAUGUGAGACAGUGACUGAUGGUGAAGAAACAAUAGAUCCCUGGAAGUUUUCAAUCUCAUAUGACAAGCUCGUAAUCGCAUUAGGAUCGAAACCGUCCACUUUCGGAAUCCAAGGAGUCAAAGAAUAUGCGAUUUUCCUGCGCGAGGUUUAUCACGCGCAGGAAAUUCGGCGAAAGCUCCUCCUUAACUUGAUGUUGUCAGACGUUCCUGGAAUCACGGAAGAAGAAAAACGGAGGCUUUUGCAUUGUGUAGUUGUGGGAGGGGGUCCAACUGGAGUUGAAUUCAGUGGUGAACUCAGUGAUUUCAUCAUGAAAGAUGUUCAACAAAGAUAUGCUCAUGUCAAGGAUUACAUUCGUGUUACUCUAAUUGAGGCAAAUGAAAUAUUGUCUUCGUUCGAUGAUCGAUUGAGACGCUAUGCUACGAACCAAUUGACAAAGUCAGGAGUUCGUCUUGUUCGCGGCAUAGUGAAAGAUGUGAAAGCUCAGAAGAUAAUACUAAGUGAUGGCACUGAGGUUCCUUAUGGUUUGUUGGUAUGGUCUACUGGUGUUUCCCCUGCUCCUAUUAUUCAAUCUUUGGAUCUCCCUAAAGAACCUUCUGGAAGGAUUGGUGUUGACGAGUGGCUUCGUGUUCCUUCGGUUCAAGAUGUCUUCUCAAUUGGUGAUUGCUGUGGAUUUCUUGAAACCACAGGUAGACAAACACUCCCUGCAUUGGCACAAGUAGCAGAGAGACAAGGAAAAUAUCUAGCAGAACUAUUAAACAGAAUUGGAAAAGAAGGUGCAGGGCAUGCAAACAGUGCAAAAGAAAUAGAAUUUGGAGAUCCAUUUGUUUAUAAGCACCUUGGAAGCAUGGCAACUAUUGGAAGAUACAAGGCCUUAGUUGAUCUUAGGCAGAGCAAGGAGGCAAAAGGGUUAUCUCUGGCAGGGUUUCUCAGUUUUUUCAUUUGGCGCUCCGCGUAUAUUACACGUGUCAUCAGCUGGAGAAACAGAUUUUAUGUAUUCAUCAAUUGGGUGACAACUCUUAUAUUUGGCCGUGACAUAAGCAGAUUAUGAACCCAAAAAAAAAAAAAAUUUUAGCAAGUGGCAUGUAUUGAUGAGGAGCAGGCUUGAGGAAGAAGGCAAUGAAACUUUUGAAUCUUGAAAUUGAUGGAGAUUACUUUAUCCAUAAAUUUCUCUCUCACAGCUUCUCAAUCAAUUAGAAAUCUGGCCAUGUGAGGCCAUUUUGUACAUAUUGACAACCAACAAAUUGAUGUGCAUGUUUAUGAAAUGUAUAAUAAAAUAAUCACAAUAAUAUCAUUUCAUUGUAGUCUUAGUCCAA